GAGAUGAAAAACCUCUUCGAUCAUCGCAUCAUGCAUCCGAACUCAUGGUCAUUGACACUCAUAGAAAGCUUAAACCUGUUUUUUCAUGAUUUCGUUUUCGCCAUGCUGGUUGAUUGACUCUCUCUUGCUCUUCAUGAAAGAAUAUGGGCAUUUGUUCGUCCUUUGAAAAAAUGCACGCCAUAGCUUCGUCUUGUAAAAAAAAAAGUUCUACUUCUAAGGUCUUUUUUGUGAUAUUUCAACUCUGUGUGAAAGACAAGAACGUAGUUGUAUAUCGUUUUCUCAGAAAUAGAUACUCAUGUGAUCCUAUUGUGAGAAGUACUAAUACUAAAAAAGUUUUAGUUGUAGUUGAGCAGCAGUCGUAUUCCACCUCGUCGCGUAUAAUCCUAUUCCAAUAGCAAUAUCCUAGGACAACUAUUGUCUCGCAUUACGAGGAGACCACCACUGCUGCAAAAUCACGAUGUUUGGUUUUGCGUUGGAUCGCGAUUUGAAGUUCCAGCUCUCCACUGAGAUCUAUGAGGAGCCCCGCGGCCACGAGAACCGGGUGACCGACAUUACCUUGCUCGCCCAGCGGGAAUUCCGUCUGGAGAACGAGAUUUCUCGCGAAGAGUGCCGCUUCUAUUCCUACCUGACGGGUGUCACCACGCCCCAGCCCAGCGAUGGAGCGGACUACUUCAACGCCAGUACUAGAAUCGGAGGGAACGGCAUGGCGGGCUACUUCGGCAGGGAAGACAUGCACGCACGGAAGAAAGUGGUGGAUAAGAUGCAAAAGGACUCUGACUUUCCGACGCACUGCAUGCGAUGCCGCAAGGACAUACCGGUGAAAAUGUACCAGAACUUCGUCGAAGGUACUCACAUUAGCGACGACUGAUAGUACGAUAUAAUGGUGUUCGUAGUUCAUUUGUUCCAAAGGCGGGGGCUCGGCCGGCGCAAUGAUGAUGAUCAUUCAUUCUUGAAGCACUAGUAAUAUCACUUUGGUUUGACGAACUACAUAAAUAUGAUAAUGAUAGACAGAAAGAAAAUCUUCUUCAGUUGUGCAACCGAACCCCUGCAAAAAGGAGUGCCCGCACGGACCCUUUUGCAACCAGUGCGUCGCGGCGAUGAUGAAAAACACGCUCCCCUUCUGCCACAUCUGUAGUGGACAAGCUUCCGGAUUCCGAAACUUUGGCGAGGAAGAAGUGGACCAUUUGCUUGGGAGAAUAGCGUACUGUUCUGACCUUCUCGUUUUUCAGACUGCCGAUUGUUUCGAGGGUUUUUUCACACAGCUGCUGCAUAAUCCCAUCAUAAAUUUGAGAUCAUAAUAUGUGUCGUUGCUUCUUCUACUUCUACUGCACUGCUGGAGGAUAUACUUUCUGAUUUUAGUGAAACGCGGACCUUAUGUCUUAUGAAACAAACAUCACAGCGGAAUACCAGGCGACAUAGAAGUAGCUGGUCUUGCUGGGUCUUCAAGUGCAGCUUGUAGCAGUUCUGCCUCUUCUUCGAGCACGUCUUCGAAGAAACCUACAGGCCGUGCGGAGGUCGUUGUUGCAGCUCCAGCUACAACGUCGAUUUUUCCACAAGAACCGGCCGCGAAGUUGCUGGACCGAUGGACUCCUGAUUUGCUGGCGAAAAUGCUGCUGUACAUCUCGACCGCACCACUACCCGAGGAUGCAGAUUUAGAAGGCGGUAGAAUAAAUGAUGAAAAGCAGGAAGAUCACGAUGACCACGUGGAGGGCGAUCAGCAGGCGCCCGAACCGUCCGAGGAUGUUGUCAUCGAACUUUCAUCAUCGUCAUCAUCUUCAUCGUCUUCUGCAAUCGAAAAUAACGAAGAGCCGACCACAGGUGGAGGAAAGAAGAGCAGGAGUAAAAACGGGACCACGAGUGCGGGCGCUUCGUCCAGGAACAAGAAAAAGAAUUCGAAUGAUCAGGAGUCGAAUUAUUCCGCAGAAGCAGAACCGAAAGAAAACGCUGCGAGUUCUUGUGCGAAGAACCAAGAGGAGAUGAAUCCUAAGACGAGAGAACAAGCAACGCCAUUCGACGACGCGACUACCGCUAGAACAACAAAAAAUGACAGCACUUCGAAAAUAGUCGGAAUCCCCUUCCACUUGAAGUCCUGUUUGGUUAACUCGUUGCUGACGCGGAAAUCCGAGCUAGACUUCGAAACUUUCGUGAAAGAAGUUUUGGAAAAACGCGUUGCGGUGCUAAAGUACAACGCAUUUCCACCCGACACACCUAUACUGGUGGGAGACGACGACACCGCUCCCGGGCCGCCACUCGAGGUAGCAGGAGAAGUUGCCGCCGUGCAUAUUAGGAAUAAACCGAGUUGUCAGCAAUCCCAAUCCAUCCCUCUAUCCGCAAUAAUAGCAAACGGCGAAGCGGACACUUCGGAUGCCACGACUAGCUCCAACGGCAAGGGUGGAUCGAGCUCUGCGUCUGCCAGUAGCUCGAGUACAACGACCUCCGCAUCUGGCGAACUGCAGGGCAGCUUGCAUACGCAAAAAAAUAACGGUGCUGUCAGUACUACGUCUUCCGUCGCUGUGCAGGAAAUCAAUGCUGGCGUUGGAAGAUUGGACCUCCGUUCCAAUGGAGGUCCCCCGGCGCACGUAGAACAUGGUCGGGAAAUCACCCCCGACGUGAAUGAAGAGGACAGCGGCUGCAGUGACGAGGAAGGAAACGCGCCAGAUGACGAACCUGCGCUCCAGCAGAAAAAAGCGAAACGGCAGCGGGUUGCGUGAUUUGAAGUAGUUGUGACAGUUGCACAGAUGAGGAUUUUUUGAAUAUGCGUAGAAAUGAAUAUAAGUAGAUCUCCUCAGAGAUGGCACUUCCACUUGUGAGUUUCUGUUGGUUGUAAACGACGACAAAGCUGAUGGAGCGGCGGGCACCAUAGAGCAAAAAUGUUGAAGUGUCUCGUCUCUUGUUGCGACUUCAUCAAAAAUAGCUGAAAUUCAUUGUUUUGUACUUCUUGAAAAUUAUAAAGGGCUACAGGGCCAUCUUAGCCUUUCGAUAUCUCCGACUGUCUAGUAACUGCUGCAUCGACACCAUGUAUUCCAAAACUCAACGAAAUUUCGUGCGCACAAAUGCUACCGAGUGCUCCUUUUCUUGUAUCAAUCAUUCUAACUUGGCGACAUUUUGCUGUAGCUAGUGCGUAUUUCGCAAGAAGAACGUUCGAUCGCACCGUAAUAAGUACCUUCUGUUGUUGCUUGUUAUCGUUAUGCUAUGUUGCAAAAACUUUCCAUCUCUUAUGUUGGGACGUCUUGCAGAUGCAGUUGCUCCUGGUCCUCUUCAUGGAGCACUACUACCUUGUGGUCAGGCUCACCACAAAAAGACGCGACGCAAAUUAAUUGCCGAAUGCAUUUAACUUCGCAAAUUUUCAAGUUAAUCAACGUACUUGCGACGUCGAACUUGACGAAUGUUUUUGUUGGUCUGCCUAGUCCUGCCUGUGCGUCCGCGUUCGCAUUUGUCCAAACACGUUUUUCAAGGGGGCGCUUCCUUACUUUACUCUUCUGACGCCGUGACGAGGGGACCGGGAUGGGUAGGACGGAGAUACGGAGAGACCAGCACUCAACACAUGAAGAUAGGCGUGAGCAAGAAACAAACAUAUUUAUGUUGAAUAAGGACUGCUUUCUCGUCGAGGAGCAGCGCGAAGAGCCCGCGAAAGAAUGCGUCAAUUUAGAUGUUUAGAGUGGACAUGAGAGCCG